AUAGAGUCGUGAGGGGAGGCGUUGGGGUUAAUGGGGGAUUUCGGUCCUCCGAGCCGGCCAGAGCGGCUCCAAUGGGGUUAAAUGGGGUGAUCAUAGAGUUGUGAGGGGAGGCGUUUCGGUUAAUGGGGGAUUUCGGUCCUCCGAGCCGGCCAGAGCGGCUCCAACCGGAAAUAACCACAAAGGGGAAGGGCUAAUGGCGGCGCGGACGGGAAGUGACCAUAGAGGUGAUGGCGGCUCGUUAAGCCUAACGGAAGUCGCGGUCCUCCGAGCGGGCCAGAGCGGCUCCGAUCCGGAAAAAUCCGUCAAUCACAAAAGCCGAUUCCGGUUUCGCCGCCCACUUCCGGGUGGUGCAGCCUCCUUUCCGUUCCCCCCGCGCGCACUUCCGGUGGCGCCCGCUCCGUUCCGGCCGCGUGUCCACUCCGGCCGGACGAUGCCCAAGGCCCCGCGGCCGCGGCCGGCCGAGCGCGUCCGGCAGCGUUUCCGGCGGCUGCGGCGCGCGGCGCGGGCGCUGGUGCUGGAGAACGCCGCGCUCUGCGACGAGCUGGCGCGGCUCGAGGCCAAGUGGACGCUGGCGCGCGGCCAGCGGCGAUUCCUGCUCGGACGCCUGCUCGGACACUGCGCCGGUCACUCCGAGGCGGCCGCAGAGGUCAGGAGGCCGCGGAGGGCGCGGCCGGCCGCAGGGAGGGGGCGCGGAGCCAGGAAGGAUGACCAGUGGUCAGCGGGGCCCAAGGACGAGCAGUGGUCAGCGGGCGCCAAGAGUGACCAGUGGUCAGCGGCGGUCAAGGAGGAGUGGUCAGCUGGAGGAGGAGCUGGGAUGAAGAGUGACCAGUGGUCAUCAGGCUCCAAGAGUGACCAGUGGUCAUCGGGCUCCAAGAAUGACCAGUGGUCAUCGGGCUCUAAGAAUGACCAGUGGUCAACAGGGCCAAAGGAUGACCAGUGGUCAGCAGGCUCCAAGAGUGACCAGUGGUCAUCGGGCUCUAAGAAUGACCAGUGGUCAUCGGGCUCAAAGAACGACCAGUGGUCAUCAGGCUCCAAGAGUGACCAGUGGUCAUCGGGCUCUAAGAAUGACCAGUGGUCAUCGGGCUCCAAGAGUGACCAGUGGUCAGUGGCGGUCAAGGAGGAGCAGUGGUCAUCUCCAGCAAAGCCGCCCGGCCCAAGCGAUGACCGCUGGUCAGUUGGCCCAAGAGAUGAGCAGUGGUCAAGCGGCUCUCGGCCGGUGUCCGGCGGGCUCCGGCCGGCGCCGGGCGAGGCCGGGGAUGACCGCAGGCCCGACGGCGCUGCUGACCGCUCGGGCGCCGCGCGGCCGGAGGAGGAGGAGGACGAGGAUGACCGCGAUGACCGCGAGGAGGACGAGGACGAGGAGGAGGAGGAGGAGGAGGAGGAGGAGGACGAAGGCUCCGCUCCGGCCUUCGGCUACUCCGGCCUCUUCCUGGGCAGCCCGGCCGGCUCGGACGAGUGACCGCCAAUAAAGGGCCGGCCGCAGCGGCCGCAGGGGCCGUGGUCACUCCAGCAGGAGUCGGGCGUUGUUUGUGUGCGCUGCGAUGACCGCUGACCGCCCCCACUGACCGCUGACCACUGACCGCCCCAGUGACCACCCCACUGACCGCUGACCGCCCCACUGACCGCUGACCACUGACCACCCCGAUGACCGCUGACCGCCCCACUGACCGCUGACCACUGACCACCCCGAUGACCACUGACUGCCCCACUGACCACUCCCACUGACCACUCCCACUGACCACCCCACUGACGCCUCCCGCUGACUGCCCCACUGACCACUGACCACCCCGAU